AACCAGGGAAAAAGGGAUUGGAUUUAAUCUAAUCCAUCAAAUUAAAGGGAUGGCUUAGAUUAAGUAAAUCCACUGUGUGGAUUUGGAGGCAACUCCAGGGGAUCCACACCCUAAAAUGUUCUAUCUAAUUUUAGAUUGCUAUUAUAUUAUUUUAGACAUGUAGAUUGUAGGAGUAGACUAUAUACAGGGCCUUCACUUCAGCCUUUCACGUCCCUGUGUAACGACAAAUCUUCUUUUUUUUUUCUCUUCCCUGCUCGCAGACUGCACAGGGCCUGCACGCAAUUACUGUUCCUUUUUCCCUUCUUUUUCCAUGCGAAAGAAAAUGAAUCCAUUUCCUCAUGCUGCUGCUGCUCUCGAUCCAUCCUCAGUUCUCAACGCACAAUACAAACACACACACACAGAGGGAGAGGGAGACGCAGGGUCACCACCUAAUCACCACCACCACCUCCACCACCUCCUCUCUUCUCGGGAUUGUUACUGCUCCACUCACUGCUUGGCCCUUCUCUCACCUUCUUCCAACUUCCCCCUCUCCUUCUACUCCCCUCCAGGAUCGAACCCCGCGCGCUGCAACAAGCCUGGCAUUUUGAACCUCUUCUUUGUGAACCAGUUGCAGGCACAAUUACGAGGUGGAAAAGUGACUUUGGCUGCUCAGCAGGAGGGUUUCAGUGACAAGAUGAAUUCUGGUGCUGAAUAUGAAGAUGGCAGUGAGGAAGAAGAACCAUAUGAACGUGUGUUUUAUGAUGAUGAAGACGAUGGCAAUGAUGAUUCAAUAUGUGGGGAUCCCUGUGAUGAUUCAGUACCAAAAGAGGAGGUGCACAGGAAGCUUAUGCAUGAAGCAGAGCCAUAUGAUGAUUUGGUGGCUGGUGAGGAGGAAUCUGUUGAGAACUCUGCUCUGCAAGCUUUCAAGAAGGAACGAAAUGAGCAAGAGCUCAAGCAGGCCCAGAAAAUGGGUUACAGCAUUAAGCAAAAGGAGAUACCAGUGGACAUGGAAAUGGGAAUGAAACCGUUCAAAAAACGGCUUGUCAAGUUUGCUGAUGAUGUAUCAUGUUACACAUACAGUACCGAGAGUUUUGCUGCUGCAAAGUUGGAGAAAAGGAAAGCUCAGUUUGAUGACCAGGACAAGCACCUCCAUAAGAAACAGGAACACACUCCACCUUCGUUUCCUCAGGAUGGUGGCAAGCUGAAAGAAGUGGACAACACUAAUCUGUAUGUGGGCAACCUACCUGCUUCUGUAGGUUCUCACAAGCUCAUCGAGCUAUUUCUACCUUUCGGUCAAAUUGUCAGAUCAAGAGUUGUGGAUGAUUGUUUCACUGGUUUGAGCCAGGGAUAUGGCUUUGUGAAGUAUUCUGAUCCUCGCUGUGCUUCUGAAGCUAUUAAGCGCAUGAAUGGGCGCUUGGUUGAAGGAAGAGCUCUAGAGGUCAGAGUAGCUGGUUUUCCAUCAUCAGAGGAUAAUAGCCAGCAGCCUUCAAAGGAAACUGACAUGGCUAAAUUGUAUGUGUGCAACCUUUCCUUGUCCAUGAACACAGACAGGCUGAUUCAUCUUUUUCUGCCUUUUGGGGAAGUAACUAAUGCAAAGGUGGCCAAAGAUCACACAACAGGCUUAAGUAAAGGAUAUGGCUUUGUGCAGUACUCUAGUCCUCACCAUGCAGCUGAGGCUGUCAUCCAUUUGAAUGGACGUCUUGUCGAUGGAAGAAAGAUAGAGGUUCGAGUAUCUGGCAUACCUUCAACACUGCCAAAUUCAGCUGUUGAAUCACCCAGCACCACCAGAAAUUCAGCUGUUGAAUCACCCAGCACCACCAGAACCGUCAAGGAAAUUGACAUGUCUAAUCUGUAUGUCUGUAACAUGCCAUCGUCAAUUGACACCAAGAAGUUGGUUGAGCUUUUCCUUCCAUUUGGUAAGAUCACCCAUGCAAGAGUGGUGGCAGAUCCUGACACCUUUUCAGCCAAAGGAUAUGGUUUCAUCAAGUUUACUGAUUCUGAAUCUGCUACCAAAGCUAUUGCAGCAAUGAAUGGAGCAUUGGUUGGAGGAGAAAUGAUAAUUGUCAGAGUUGCAGGCCUUUCCCCAUCAGCAUCCAUCUCAGCUGUACAGACCACUCAAGACAUCAACAAGUCUAGACUAUACAUCACUAAUCUUCCACGGUCGAUGACUGCCGAUAAGAUGGUUAAUCUUUUCGCGCCCUUUGGUCAGAUCACUAAAGUCCUGAUGAAUCUGGAGUAUAGUCUAGUGUGGUAUGCAGAUGCACCCUCAGCUACCAAAGCUGUCCAACACAUGGAUGGAUACAUGGUUGAAGGAAAGAGGUUAGUGGUCAAGAGAUCAGAGUUAUGUACAACCAACGCUUCACAAGCAGGUGGCAAGCCAAUCAAGGAAAUCGACAUGGCCAAUCUCUAUGUUGGCAGGGUUCCAUCAAGUUUAACUGAAGAUCAAUUCAUCGAUCUCUUCCGCCCAUUUGGACGAGUUGUUCAAGCUAGAAUGUUUCGAUUUCAGAGGUAUGGCAUGGUUAGGUUUGAUAAUCCUUCAUGUGCUGCUGCAGCAAUUGAUCAUUUGGAUGGCUACCAGAUUGGUGGAAGCAUACUGGCUGUGAGAGUCGCGGGGCUUCCAGCAGAAUCCAAUGCAGCCAAGGGUGCUCUGACAUCACAGAUGUCUUCUAAUGAGCAGGGACAAAUCGACAUGACUAACCUUUAUGUGAGCCAUCUCCCGAGCUAUGUUAACAACGAAAGACUUAUCGACCUCUUCCUACCAUGUGGCCAAAUCACUCAAGCAAAAGUAGUUGUUGAGAGAUACACUGGUGUGAGCAAAGGAUUUGGAUUUGUCAAGUUUGCUGAUGCUUACUCUGCUGCUGUGGCUCUCACUCACAUGAAUGGUUACCCUCUGGAUGGGCAUGUGUUGGAGGUUAGGAUAGCUGGUGUUCAUCCAGAUGCUAUGAGCAGUUACAUGGCGCAUUUCUACUCCCACUUCACAAUGCAUGAUCCCGCAAAGGCGGCUGUCGGAAUACCUACGUCCUAUUGGCCGCACUAUUACGAUGAAUCCGCAUACAAUACAACAGCUGAGAACCUGGGCCAAGUCACCACUACAUCUGCAACCGAUGCUUCUGCUGCUCAAACAUCUCAGAAGGAAAGGUUGCCUGGAUCUAAAUCAGUCGAUUUGGUUGCUGAGAAAGAUUGCUCUUCUGCGUCGAACAAAGUUGCCAAUUGUUCUGAGUCACAGCCAACAGCUUGGGCUGGUCCACCUGGCUUUGAGCCUCAUGCCAUCUCCAAGAAAUGUACUGCUGGGUCCAAUGCUUCUCAAGCUUGUUCAAAGGAUCAUUUUGCACAGUCAGGAGGUGGCCACAAAAGGCGUUCAAUCGUCUAGCACCAUUCACUUCAGGCCACUUGUGGCUUGAUCUAACUUGAUGGAAGAAUCUACCUAAGUUUCCCAUCACUUAAGAAUUAUUAGUCGUCAACGUUUUCUUUUGUAGGGAGAUUUCUCUUUAAUUGACUGGUUUUCCCAUUUGGAGAAAAGACCAUGUCCUAACUUUAUUGGGUCAGUACAGUACUUCUUAGAGGUCAGGUUAUCUGAGCUAGAUGGUAGAUGAAAACAAUGUCAGUGCAAUGUAAUGGUAAAAACCUCUAUGUGGAACCAUUGCAUGUUUGUUUAUGAAUCAUGAUGCCAACUGAUGACCACUCUGAUGAGUGAGAGAUGCUUGGUUGGAGCUUCAUGCUAUCUGAACUUGUUAA